AUGCCGCCGCAGACUAGUAACGCCACCGCCGCGUCUACGGGCACGGCUGUGCCGGGCAAGCGAUUCGAACUUCCCGCUCUCGAAUUCAAGUUUGGCUCAUUGACGGAUGGCACCGAUAUUCCCCCACCCUUACCGUCUCCAGUACAGGAGAAGAAGACUGCUCCGGCGACACCCGACACGCCAAACGCGAGGAAACCGCAGCAGGAAGGGAGAGACGUGACGGACCGCAAGCCAGGCAACGCAUCGCCCAGCUCGCAGUUGUCAGGCGGUUCACCGGCAGGCAGCAAACGACACGCUGAGGAUGCCCCUGCUUCGCCUACUCUCUCGAGCCGACCUGCGAGUAUUCGCCGCCUGUUGAGUCGCAACAACCUGAUGCACCAACCGCACGCCAAUGGCGAUGGGACGGAGCCAGAUGGGCGGCCGCAAAGUCGCGGUAACACCAGCGUUGCCGACUCGCGGAAGGCAAAGCGGCUGAGCGGCUGGUUCGGCCGGCUACGGGGCAACGAGAGCGCUGCGAGCAAGCCUGCGUCUCCCCUUUCGCCGACUUCGCCCCCGGUCGUGGAAGACAAGAAGCCGAAGGGCCCGCCGCCGCCCAAGAUCCCCGAGCUCUCGAAGCUCGGCAUCCAAGCCGACAGCGGGUUCGGAAGUGAUUUAUUCAAGGACAUAAAGUAA